UCUAAGCCGCCGUGGACCAUUUGUCACCCAACAAAUAGCGGGCUCUGAAGUUACCGCCAACGAAGCCGCCGCAAUUUCCACCCGAGCAUUCCAGCUUUUCACGGGUCUUGUGUCCCUUUUUUCUGCCGCGUUAUUCAGCGCCAUAAACUUCCCUUAAAUCGCUCGGGCUCGGAAUCGGUCGUUAUAAUAUAUCGAUCACCACAAUCGCGUGGUGGCAACCCGAGAGCCGACCACCUUCAAGGCGACAAGAUCAAAGCGAGUUUGCCGCCUGCCAGCGAGAGAAGAGAGUCUUCUGUGAUAAGAAGCAUCGAUCAUCAUUGGGAGAUUUGUCGCCCGUGCGUCCGAGGUUCGAGCUUAGGUGACACAUGCAUUAAUAAAGUUGACUUGGAUGCAGCGGAUGCUUGCAAUGCUUCUUGUGACGAGUAUCGCUGUAUUGGUGCAACGGAUCGAACCAAUCAGCAACGAGCUCCGAUUGCGCGAGCAGCUCAGUCGAUGAUCGACUUGGUCGAUUCUCUCAAUGGACGACCCGGGCGAAGAGUCGAACGAAACGGAAUGCGAGAAACGGAUGGGCGUGGCUUACCAAACACACACAAGAAUGCUUGGGAGAUCCAUGCCGAGAAUGGUGGAAUGGCGAACAGGGAAACAAUGGAACGAUGAAGAGGACGACGGCGAUGCCGCCGGUUUGGUUGGGCAAAGAACCUGCCGAGCGUGUGACUGGGGCAGUCAGUAAGGUGCUAGCUUCUCAAGGAGAAACAUCUCGCUCUCUUCUUAGGUAAAACUGUUUUCGUUGAAGUUUUUUUGUUCUUGUGGAAUUGAGAUUGCCUUCGGAAAGCCCUGAAGAGGAGUGGGAGAGUGCAAACAGAAGCGGAAAAGUGAUCGUUGCAAGUCAAGUGAAUGUUUAUUUUGGAUUGUUUUGAGAGGAUCGGUGUUUGUUGGCAAUUCAGGCAGCAAGAAGUGUGUUUGCUUUGGGACUGUUGACCGGAAAUUGUCGAGUUGUUUUAAGUGAUACGGAUUUUUUGGAGGAACUGAUAGCUUGUUUCAAGUGAAAUUCUAAGGACGUGAUCAAGUUGGCGCUAAUCAGUGGACUCCACGACAAAAUGGCAGUGGCGAGUUUGAACAUGUCGCCGAUCUUCUCCGGAUACCCGUUCCAAGGUCAGGGACGUGUGAAUCAGCUUGGAGGAGUGUUCAUCAACGGGCGCCCCUUGCCCAAUCACAUUCGGCUUAAGAUCGUCGAAAUGGCGGCGGCCGGAGUGCGGCCCUGUGUCAUCUCCCGGCAGCUACGGGUUUCGCACGGGUGCGUUUCGAAGAUUUUGAACCGCUACCAAGAGACGGGGUCGAUCCGUCCGGGAGUUAUCGGAGGAUCCAAACCACGGGUUUCCACGCCGGAGAUCGAGAACAAGAUCGAGGAGAUGCGCAAGGCCAAUCCGGAGAUUUUUAGCUAUGAGAUCCGAGAGAGGUUGAUCAAGGAGGGAAUCUGCGAUAAAGAUUCGGCGCCGUCGGUGAGCUCAAUUAGCCGGCUGUUCCGUGCGGGCCGCCAGGAAGAUGAUCGUCGUGGCAAUCACUCGAUAAACGAAAUUUUGGGAGGAUCUUCAUGCGACGAUGAAAGCGAUACCGAUACUGAACCCAACAUCCAACUCAAGAGAAAGCAACGACGUUGCCGAACCACCUUCAAUGGAGAACAGUUGGAAGCCUUGGAGAUCGCGUUCGCAAGAACGCAGUACCCCGAUGUCUACACACGGGAAGAACUCGCUCAAAAGACUCGACUCACGGAAGCUCGCGUCCAAGUUUGGUUCUCAAACCGCCGAGCUCGUCUGCGCAAGCACAUGAACUCUCAGCAGCUCGCUGCAUUCAACGCUCAGUAUCCUGCCCAGUUCGAACAUCAGGCAGCUGCUUCCGCUGCGGCUGUUGCUGCCGCCUCUGCUCCAACCAGCUCAGCAGGCUUCCCAUCAAGCAUGCAAUCCUGGAGUCAAGCCUGCUACCCACCCACAAAUCAAACCUCAAUCCACGCAGCAUCGCAAACGGCCUACAACCCACUGGCCCAAACUAUGAUCCAUCCUACGUCCGCAACCAUGAGCCCACCUGCUUCCCUAAGCCCCCCAACUUCAAUCAGCCCGGCUCAUAACCAAAUUUCGUCGGCCUCUGCCCACGCUUCAUCUUCCCCUUCGGCCCAGCACUCGUCCACCGCAUCCUCCUCCAACUACAACUACUUCCCCAUGUUGGACAACUCCCAGUCCUACGCUUCGACCGCAUCGUACGCCAACGCAUCCAACACCUCCGGCAACACAUCCAUCGACAACUCCUCGUCGCAAUGGCGUUCGUCACAUGCAACCCACAACAAAGCCGCCACCGAAUGGGAUGCCUAUAGCUCAUUCUUCUCGAACAACAUGAACCACCACCAUCACCAUCCGCACCACGCUUACUCUGCGGCGGCCGCUGCUGCCGCCGAAGCCAAGUCCGGAUAUCCCUACUUCGGUCAGCUCGGAGGACUGGACAUGAGCCGCCUGCACUGAAACUGAAAAACACUCAUAAAUUAAUCAUAAUUUACUCACAACACCCACUCGUCGUCAUCAUGCCACCUGGCAGUGCAGUUUGAUGACUCGCGUGAGACAGUACCUAGGCCACAGACAAACGGACGUAACACUUGGAACAAGUUUCCUUAAAAUCCAUGGCCAAAUUCACGAAUUACUGUUUUGUAUAACAAGAUCUGCAGAUGGCGUUAGUGUGAAACGUCAAACACGAAGAAAAACUAUGGUUGUGACGAGGGUAAUAUAGCGAACUUGUAAUUAUUAUUAAUCGAGUGGUCGCUAGACAUUUCAUCAGCGUUACGUCUGCUUGUCCGUUCCCAAACGUUUAGGAGUAGGUGCGACCGAAUUGCGGUGCAUAAUUUCCCCCGAAAGGCGGCGCGCUAGAGCUUGACCGGUGCAUGCUCGCUCCUAGAGAACAACAACUCCCCGUUCCGGGGAGUUCAUAAAUAUUCAAGCACGCAUUCGCUUCGGUUUUGCGGCGCGCGAGAGUUGCUAUCUCGUUAUCUUUUAAGGGGGUUAGUUUUUUUUAUCUUCUUUAUUUUAAGUGUUUAAGUUGGCUGAAAAUAUGUACCUUGGCUAAUUUUUAUGGGCUUUUGCACGGCCACGGCGAUCGACGGGCACGAUCUGAAUGCGAUGCGAGCUUGCUAGUGUAAAUAUUUGGUUUUAAAGUGCCGAUAGGUCGACUAUUUCUGUUCAAAUUUAUUAGCGAUAAGGUUUGGGUCGGGCGGUAAGUUUUGUGGCGAAGGUUCAAGUAUUACAGGCGGCGUGUGCGCGACUGAACGGUAUUGCAGGUGUAAAUGAUAGCUAUACAAAUUGAGAGAACAUUUAACAGACUGCAUAAGUAUAGUUAUGAGAACGUUAGAUAAUCCGACAUAAUUUGUAAGACAAGAUUUCCUUACAUUAGAUGAUAAGACAAGAAGAUAUUUAUAUAUACGAGGUACAAAGAAAUUGAGAUGCAAAAUAAACUGUUCAAAUAAAA